UCAGCUGAAAAUAUACAAUCAUAACAAUGGCUGGAGGCACAGCUCUAACUCCAACCUCUGUAGGAUCCAAGUCAGUUCCAAUGAGGAACCAUGAAGCAACCGAGAGAGGCAAUAACAACAACAGCAACCUGAAAGCAUUACCCAAAGCGGUCCAACCGGUUUCAUCAAUCGAAGGAGAGAUGGCUAAGAGGCCACGUGGCAGACCCGCUGGCUCCAAGAACAAACCCAAACCUCCAAUCAUUGUGACUCACGACAGUCCAAAUUCCCUCAGAGCUAAUGCCGUCGAGAUCAGCUCAGGUUGUGACAUCUGUGAGACUUUAUCGGAUUUCGCAAGAAGGAAACAGAGAGGUCUCAGCAUACUCAGUGCCAAUGGUUGUGUCACCAAUGUGACAUUAAGGCAACCAGCUUCAUCAGGAGCAAUUGUGACAUUACACGGACGUUACGAGAUCCUCUCAUUGCUUGGAUCAAUCUUGCCUCCACCAGCACCACUUGGAAUAACUGGUCUGACCAUUUACUUAGCCGGACCUCAAGGACAGGUUGUUGGUGGAGGAGUGGUUGGUGGGNAAAAUAUACAAUCAUAA